AUGACAACAACAGACUUGAGUGCAAGUGCCAUUGGUGGAGUUGGAGCAAGUGUAGGUGAUUCAGCUGUUGGUGCAUCUGGUGGUCCUGAAAAUGCCUAUGAGAAAUUAUCACGAGAAGUUCAUCAAAUGCAAAUAACCGGUGCUAUUCAUACCGAUUGGCUUGAAAAUCCCAAGGGUUUUUUACUAAAACCAGAUUUUAAACGAAAAGCCCAACAUGUUGGGGCUGGGGGAAAGAAAUUAAAUAGUUCUCGAUUAUUACGACUUCAUUUACCUGGUAAUACCUAUCGGGUUAGGUGGUUUGUGCUUGAUGGAAUGAUAUUACGGUAUUUUAAAACAAGUACAGAGGAACAAGAAUUAGGAGCCAUUCAUUUAACAUCAGUUAAUGCUGUUUUACCAUCAAGUGUUGCUGAUGCACCGGAACAUGCACUUGAUUUGGUCUGUGCAGAUCGAAUUUAUACAGUAGCAGGAAAUGAUCGAGAAGAUAUGGUGCGAUGGGCGACGGUAUUGACAUUAGUGUUGCGUGGAGAGUAUAAACCCAAGUUAAUGCCACGACCAGAGUCAUCAAUUAUUCGAGGCAGUUCCGUCAUUCCAAGGCCAAGUGCAGUAGCAAGAAAAACGGCGUUGACACAGGGAUCGAGAUUUACGGAUGCGAAUGGAAUGCGAAUGACAGGAACACUUACUGGUGGUAUGGGGGAUACAAGUGACUCAAAAAGUCAAGGUGAUGAUGACACAAAGGAGAAAAUUAUCACAGUCACGUUUGACCAACCAGGUCCAUUGAACUUGAUUUUACGAGGGACUGUGGACGAUGAAGUGAUGGUAUGCGGGUUCUUGGAAAGUACAGGACCUGGUGGGGACCUGGGACCCGCAGAAGCGUCUGGCGUGAUUCGGGUGGGCGAUUUGCUCAUUUCCAUCAAUAAUCACUACUUCACAAACAUUGAGUUUCAGCAAGCUGUUGAUUUGAUUCGCGCUGCCGGACGACCAUUGACGUUACGGUUUUCUCGAACCGACUUCAAUACGGCACCACCUGUGGAUGCUACUCGUGUUGCUGAGGGUUGGGUGCUUUCGAAGGAGCCGUCAGCGCAUCGGUACCGCGUUCGUAUGCUGCAGCUACAGGGUGACAAAUUGAAGCUGUACAGGCCCAGCAUGCAGGGUGGAAGAGUUGACGACCCAUGCUUGGUUAUCCGGAUGGAUCAAGUGACGGAUGUCCGACCCACCAAUGAUACACGUGAAGUCGUAACAGCGUUUACUCAAUGCCAUCCUAAGCAAUGGGGUGUCACGCUUGAGGGAUCGCACAGCAUUUUCACGUUUUACACGAAGAGCCGGGAGGAUAUGGUGCAGUGGGUCGAUUUACUGAAGAAUUCGCCGCUUUUUUCUCCCAAGGCGGCGAGGCUAUCCAUUCCAGUCCAUCCCGUCGCAGUUGUAGAGUUUGAUCCCGCUCUUGAGCCCAAGAUAGUGCUACAGGAUGAUGUCGGAAAGUUAGGCGACUUGCUGCCAACGUUCUCUUGUCACUACUUCCUUCUGCUUGAGGAUGGCAAGAUGAUGUACUACGCAAACGCCGGCUCAGCUGCAACUCGCACGCGUCCGAUCGGCGUUUUGCGCUGCGACAAUAUUAUCAGCAUUGUGCCUAGUCAGAUCGCUGAUGAUACGGCAGCGAAUAAUGAUUCUAGCUACGACGUUUUGUCCAUUGCUGAAGUCAGUGAAGAAAAGAUGCCGUGGCGACUAGAGCUAGGAAUUUUGGCUCAGGGCGCAGCGCAGAAGUAUCGCCGUCCAUUUGUCAUGUGCUUUGCUACACAAGAAAAAAUGAUGAAGUGGGGAAUUGCUGUCAGCAAGGAGGCCAAACGCCUCACAGGACAAGAAUACGACCUAUCAUCCAUUAGUCGACGCGCUUCGCGCAGUGACAGCCAAACGUACGUGCCACGUCAUUCCGAAACGCCUAUGACGCGGCCAACAAUAUCACGACUGAUAUCUAACCCAUCCAAGUACAUUGAUCCAAGUGUAAAAGAAUCAUCACGCUUGUAUCGUAGUCUAAAGGAUGUGACACUAAAGGCACCCACGCGUGGAUGGUUUUUUGUGAAAGAACCGCGAAGUGUGGGUAUGAGUGCAUACCAUCCUCGCUUUCUCGUUCUUAUUGAUAACGAACUGAUGCUGUUUAAGUACGAGGUGCUUGAGGAAGAAAGCUUGCAUUCGUAUGCCAGCACGCUCGAUCUUCGUAAUAUUAAGGAUGUAAGGGAAGCUGAGUCGGGUUUCCAGGACAACCUUGACUUCACGAUUCAGCUUACCACUGCUGACGAUAUUGUCUGGAUGGUGGUUGCAGAAAGCUAUGCGCAGAAAGAAGCGUGGUUGUCGGCAUUAAUCUGGCUGUCAGACUACUACUAUCGCCCGGUUGAUAGUGACGGUGACACCGCUAUUACAUCUGCGAUAAAUGGUGCGAAACGAAUUGUGCUGAACAGUGCAGGAUUAAUGAUGUCUAUUACCGAGUCCGAAGGGCCGAAUGGCAUUGGAAGCCAGGACAUGGAUGCGAAGGAUGCGGAUCGUCUUGCCGCAGCGGGCAUUGUAAAGGAGCAGCUAUCGUCAACCCAUACAGGCGUUGGUGCUUUGCUGACCGAUGAUUUCACGGGAAUUGGUGGUGAAAUCAUGAUAACGGGUAAGAAAGUGUUUGCAGCGAUCUCUAGCGGCGUUUUCCGUUAUUACGCUUCUCAAAGUGAUUACGCUAGUGAAUGGGGUGAUGCUAUUGAUGCGAUAUCGCUAAAAGAUAUUGAGGAGGUGCAUUCAGAUGGGUUGGAUAUGGGUAGCUUUGUGAUGAAGGUGAAAGGAGAAAAGGAGGUGCAAUUGGUUGCAGAAAGCGCAAAGCUUGCAAAGCGUUGGAUGCUGGUAAUGUGCUGCUGUGGCGAUCUAGUCCUGAAGAAGGCACCACAUGCUAAUUACUGGGUAAGUGCGCGGCCUAAAGAGGCAUGGAUAUGGAAGCUGGAUCGGCUCUACCAGGUGUUCCGUCGUCGUUACUUUUCUCUACGCAAUCAUCAGCUCAUCUUUUAUACAGAAGAAGGUGGCCGUAUGCUUGGCAUGAUUUCGCUGCCUUGUAUCUUCCACCUUCAAAUGUCGAAGGUGUGGACGCGUAGCAAAGAUGAAGCCGAUUUUUAUCAGCUGGAAGUGAGUUUUGCGGUUCCCACGGCUGCUGAAGAGAGCUCACGGACGGACCAAAUUGGUGACUUUUACGCGUUCUUGUUGGCUUUUGACACUGAGGAGCAGCUUAAAGAAUGGGCUAACGCAAUUUACGACUGCUGCACUAACUCGAUGUCAUUGAAGGGCAAUGCAACAUUGUCGCCACUUGGUGAGAUCCAGGUGCUUCCAAAGGAACUGCUCAAGACCUCAACAUUCGACCACAGUGAUGACGAUUUUUUGCAACUGCUGGACUACCGAUUGGCCCCAUAG